GCAAAUAAUUACGUGAGGAAGUCGAGGUCGCGCAUUGAUUGCCCGAACACAUUUGACAAAGCGGUGCGAUUCUAGCCAAACUCUCGACCUCGAAAGCAAAACUCUCCUUCCACCAUAAUACAUCCCAUGGAAAUAUCGACAGAUAAAAGAAUCAACCGAAAUGCUAUUCCCGGAGGAGCACACUGCUCAUUUGAAGAAAUGGAUCGUUACACGACUUGAGAAUACAUCUGACGCCGACCCCGAUGUGCUCGCCGACUAUGUCCUAGCUCUCUUACGCCACGAUGGUGACAUCAACGACGUGCGCAGGCUUUGCGAGGAGGAAAUACCCGACUUCCUCAAAGAAGACUCGCCCGUUUUUGUAAACGACGUCUUCGAAGCACUUGCCUACCGAUCCUACCUACCGGGCGCCCCUCCCCCGCCUCCGAAGCAUGUUGCCCUGCCAGCCCCCAGCGCUACCGGCCAAUUCCCCCCGAAUUUGUACUAUGAUGACGACUCGAUGGGCGCAGCCCCGGCGUACCCGCCGCGCUUUCAAAAUGGGUCGAAAAAGCGAGGGUAUACCGACUGGGACGACCCAAUGGCGCAGAACGGGAGGGAUCCUGGGUUUGGUGCGAGGGCAUUCAAGCAGCCCAGGCGAGGAGGUCGAGGGCCCCGACCCGAGGAUAUGAAUACCUUCGGAGGCGGCGCGCCAGGUAUGGCCCCGUACCCUAUGCCGGGACAAUUACCACCGCAAGGUCCUCCCGGCCCGGCAACAGUUGGGUAUUUUGACCCCAAGGGCGCGAUGGAUGCCAUGUUCGGACUGAGCUUAGCCGCCAGCCAUCCCAUGCCCGAAAUGUUGCGAGGCCAAUUCCCCCCCAAGAAGAGAAAGAAGUGCCGCGAUUGGGAGAAAAAGGGGUAUUGCCCGCGCGGGACAAACUGCAUGUUUGCGCAUAGCAACGACCCGGGUUAUCCUCCUCUGCCUGGGGCCCCGUUCGGCGGUAUGCAGGCGCUGCCACAACCUCCGCCAGUAGAAGAGUAUGACCCUUCCAAUGCUCUCAUGCCCGAUCUCUUCGGCGCACCGGGCCCUUUUCAGGGGCAGCCACCGAUGCCCGACUUCGGCCAGCAACCGAGACACAGGGGUGGCAAGCAUCAGAACCGUCAGAGACGGGGCGAGAGAGCGCCAUUCUCUGCAGACGGACCAGUUUUCGAUCGGACAAAGUCGACAAUAGUGGUGGAAAACAUCCCAGAGGAUAAUUUUACCGAAGACCAAGUCAAGGACUUCUUUUCCCAGUUCGGAAAUAUCCUGGAAGUUUCCAUGCAACCAUACAAGAGGCUGGCUAUUGUGAAAUUCGACAGCUGGAACUCCGCCAACGCAGCUUACCAAUCCCCGAAGGUCAUGUUUGAUAACCGGUUUGUCAAGGUCUUCUGGCACAAAGAUGAGGGGUCGAAACAACCGAACUCGACACCCUUCGCGGGAGGUGCGCAAGGUGCGAAGAAGCCACGGCACACGAAUGGCUUAUCCACGGUUGACGAUCACGAUGCUGGCCCCAAAUCCGAGGUAGACGUGGAAGAGUUCACUAAGCAGCAAGAAGAGAAGCAAAAGGCGUUCGAGGAGAAGACCAAGAAGAGAGAGGAACUGGAACGCCAGCGUGAGGAGCUCGAGAAGCGGCAGAAGGAGCUUAUAGCGAAGCAGGUGGAGGAGAAGGCGAAGCUGGAGGCCAAACUCGGAGGCCACAACGGCAUCAAAUCCGACGACGGCGAAAGCGAAUCCAAAAAGCCCAUAAGCCAGAGCGAGGCCCUCCGAGCGCAGCUAGAGGCGCUCGAGGCCGAGGCACGGCAAAUGGGUCUCGAUCCCGACGCCAUCGACGCCCCCUCACCGUGGCCCCCUAGAGGUGGUUACGGCGGACGGGGUAGAGGUAACUGGCGAGGAUCGGCAUCGCCGUACCCGCCGCGCGGGUCGCACCGGGGCAACUACCGCGGCCGGGCCGACGUCCACGCCGCAUACGCUGCCUAUUCACUCGAUAACCGCCCCAAGAAGGUAAUCCUCACCGGAGUGGAUUUUACCGCAUCCGAUAAGGACGAGACAUUGCGGCAAUACCUCUUUGGCAUCGGUGAGUUCACCGACAUCCAAACAACCCCCACCUCGGCCGAGAUUACUUUUAAAGACCGUAAAACCGCCGAGAAAUUCUUCAACUCGGUCCUCCUCGCCAACAAAGAAAUCCCCGGCCUCAACGCCCCCUCCCAGCUCGACCUCUCCUGGGCCGGCUCCAACGGCGCCUCAGGCUCCGUGCCCACCACCCCCGGCGCCAACGGCCCAACCCCCUCCUCAACCUCCCGACACCUCGGCGCAGCCGCCCAAGGCCGGAACGGCACCAGCGCUGACAGAAAACACGAGCAAACAACCACCACCACCACAACCUCACCCUCCAACGACCACGACCACGACCACGACCACGACCGCGAGAGCGGGGACGAAGACGGAGAUCAUGACGCCGCGACGGCGGCCGCAGCAGCAGGAGUCGAUAGCAGCGAUAAGGACGUGCAUAUCACGCUGGAGCGGCCGUCGGGCGACGACGAUCAGCAUCAUCACCACGGCCAUCACCACCAUAACGACCAGCAGCAGCGCGAUCAGAUGGACUAUGAGGCCGACGAGGAGCAGUGGGGGUAUUAGUGAUACCUACCUACCGGGCGUCUCGGGCCCAGCUUGAAUGGGUGGUGGUUGACGGGCUCCGUGGGGUGUGGCUGGGGCUGGGGUUU